GCCACGGCUCCGCCUGAAGCGAUGGCCCAGCCCUACCCCCCGGCCCAGUACCCCCCUCCGCCACAGAACGGCAUCCCCGCCGAGUACGCCCCGCCGCCACCGCACCCCACGCCGGACUACUCGGGCCAGACCCCGGUCCCCCCGGAGCACGGCAUGACCCUGUACACACCAGCACAGACCCACCCGGAGCAGCCGAGCAGUGAGCCCAGCACACAGCCCAUUGCAGGGGCCCAGACAGUGCCGCAGACAGACGACGCGGCACAGACGGACAGCCAGCCGCUCCAUCCCUCCGACCCCACAGAGAAGCAGCAGCCCAAGCGGCUACACGUCUCCAACAUCCCCUUCCGGUUCAGGGACCCCGACCUGCGGCAAAUGUUCGGGCAAUUCGGAAAAAUUUUAGACGUGGAGAUCAUUUUUAACGAGCGGGGCUCCAAGGGUUUUGGGUUUGUAACUUUUGAAACUAGCUCAGAUGCUGACCGAGCCCGGGAGAAGCUGAAUGGGACGAUCGUAGAGGGACGGAAAAUUGAGGUCAAUAACGCCACGGCCCGAGUCAUGACCAACAAGAAGACUGCCAACCCCUAUACCAACGGCUGGAAGCUAAACCCGGUGGUAGGGGCAGUUUACGGACCUGAAUUCUAUGCGGUGACGGGGUUCCCCUACCCCACAACCGGCACAGCCGUUGCCUACAGGGGCGCGCACCUACGGGGCCGGGGCCGGGCUGUGUACAAUACGUUUCGGGCUGCGCCGCCCCCGCCCCCCAUCCCGACUUACGGAGCGGCACUGGAGCAAACGCUUGUUAAAAUGCCAGUCCCAUGGGCAGGGCUGGCACCCUGCCCCCUCCCUCCUCAGCAGACACCGGAGCCGGCCUACCCCACCUCUCCAGCGUUCCCACCACUUUCUUGUCCGUUUGCUUCCAGGGUCGUGUAUCAGGAUGGCUUUUAUGGUGCUGAGAUUUAUGGAGGCUAUGCCGCCUACAGAUACGCUCAGCCCGCAGCAGCCGCGGCCGCCUACAGCGACAGUUAUGGCAGAGUCUACGCGGCUGCUGACCCCUACCAUCACACCAUCGGCCCCGCGGCGACCUACAGCAUUGGAACCAUGGCUAGCCUCUGCCGAGGAGGGUACAGCCGCUUCACCCCCUACUAGCAAGAGGCCCAGCCCCUAACAGCAUUCACACUGACUGCCUAGUACACACCAAACCCAGCAGUCCAAAACCAGGCACAGCCACCAGGAGGACAGUGCGCCCCUCCCGGUCCGCGACACGCACCGCUGACCUCUGCGACUCUAAGUCCAUAGGUUUUACCUCCGGCCAACUGGUCUCCCCCCCACGAUGGCGUGUGUGUCUUUGACCCUGGUCACCCCCGUAUGUCUGAAACCUUGGUUCCUAUUUUUGACUCUGUUGACGUUGUGCCCCCCCCAAGCCAUUUCAGGUACAGUAUGCACACAGUGGGAGGGGCUAGGCUGGCAGAAGACCCCUCCCCAAGAACUAGCAAUAGAGCCCGAGAGGGCCACGCCCACCCCCCGUUCCCCAUGGAGACGGCAGCCCGGCCUCCCCAGGAAGCUACCCCAACCAGUCUGGGCCCGAGCCCCGGCCCCUCCCCUGGGGCUCGGGAGGCAAGGGGCUCCCGUCUGUCUGCCCCAGUCGGUGGGUUCCUAUAGCCUCAACAGUGCUCCUCCCCAUCGUCACCCAGCUAGUCACAGGAGUAAGUGUCUCUGCCCUCCUCGUCCCCAUCCAGCUAAGCUGACAUUUCUGAUUCAAUUCUAUUGAUGUUUCCUGCUGAAGUUGUCACAAGUCAUGCGGGAGCCCCGCCAGCCUCAGGGGUUCCUUAGCC